AUGUCGGACCCAGAACCAAGAACCAUCUCUCCCGUCCCAGAAAACAGAAGUCAGCCCUAUGACAACACCUCAGCGUUGAAUGAAAAGUCUGACGACGAUAAUGAUGUGGAUGACGACCCUUCUGAUAAUGAGUCCGAACUAUCAGAAGUCGAUGAAGCUGAGUUUGCGGAGUUCGAUCCUACCACUGUUGCUUUAGAUGAUAGACCGCUCGUUGAUAUUGAUGAAGACAUUGCAAGGACGCUUAAGGCCAGCAAGCGAAAGCGUUCUGACUUAGACGGUAAAAAACCUAAGGAAGCAAAGCGAGAAAGAAAAAACAGAUCACGUAGAGAGAAUGCCGAAGAUGGUGACGACAAUUUUAAUGAAAGAAGAACUAAAAAAUCUCGAAGUAGUAGAUCUGAUGGAGCUCGACAAGAUAGGGAAAAAGGAAGGGAACGGAAACUUGCAAUCCCUGAGAAUGAAGAGAAUCUUACUCCAGAUGAGCGUAGGAGGCGGGCUUUAGAUAAGGCAAUGGAUGCGGCGUUGAAAAACCCAAAUAAAAGGAGGCGAAAAAAAGACGAAGUCGAUCUUGAAGAAGCCUUCGAUGACGAAAUUGCUGCGCUUAAGUUGCGGAUGGAGCAAGCUUGUGAAGCAGAUAAUUCUGCGCGGGAGCGAGGCCAACCUGCCAUUCAUAAGCUCAAGAUGCUCGCUGAAGUUGUAGCACUCUUAAACCGUAACACAGUUCAGCACUCAAUAGUCGAUCCAGACACCAAUUUUUUACAGUCUGUCAAAUUUUUUCUAGAGCCUCUUAAUGAUGGUAGUCUUCCAGCCUACAAUAUCCAGCGAGACUUAUUCUCAGCUCUAACCAAAUUACCGAUCGAAAAGGAAGCCCUUCUAAGCAGCGGUAUUGGGAAAGUUAUACUCUAUUAUACCAAAAGCAAGAAACCUGAGAUUGAAAUAAAAAGAGUUGCUGAACGGCUUCUUGGAGAGUGGUCAAGACCAAUUUUGAAACGCAGUGAUGACUACAGAAAGCGACAGAUUAUGACCAAGGAAUUCGAUCAUCAGGCCGCACAACUUGCACUCCGUCCUUCUGGAAGCCAAGGAUCCCAAAUGCCGUCCCAACGUAUUCAACUGACCCAGCGAGAAAUCGAGCGCGAACGCAUACUCGCCCAGCCCCUUCGUAACAAUCGGGCUAGAAUAGAAAGAUCUAACUCUAGCUAUACCGUGGCGCCUAAGAGUACGUUUGAUCCAACUAGGGGUCUAGAUCCAUCAUCACGGCCUAUUGGUGCUGGAGGAGUAGAAGCGUUUCGGAAGAUGACUGCUAAGCAAGGAAGGAAGCGUUCAUAA